AAGAAAUAAAUAAACGUACUUUCGCAUAGAGUCGUUCUGAGGAUUAAAUUAGAUAAUGCAUGUGAAGCAUUCAGGACAGCAUAAUGUUUCAGAGUAAAUGCUCAAUAAAUGUUAGAGAUAAUCUUCAUUAUUAGUCAUAGCUCUUCAUAGGAACUCUUGACCCUCCCAAGAGCUUUAGCAGGGAAGGAAGUGAGGCAGGUGGGGUUGGGAAGAGACAGCCUUGCCAGCACUUUAGACUGCUAGAUUCUAAUACACUUCCAGAUCCACCUUCUUGCUGCUUCAGUUUCCCCAUUGUUGGUGCUGGCUGACAUUUAAAAAUAUUUUAAAUGUUUUUAUUUAUUGAUUUUAGAGAGAGAGACAUGAAGGGAGAAAGAGAAAGAUUGAUUUUGUAGUUCCACUUAUUUGUGCAUUCAUUGACUGUUGCUUAUAUGUUCCCUGACCAGGGAUCCAACCCACAGUCUUGGGGUAUCAGAAUAAUGCUCUAAGCAACUAAGCUAACCAGCUAGGGCUGGUGAUGGUAGACAGAUUGACUGCAAGUUUGCCAAAUAGCCAUGGGCCUGGAGUGGGGUCUAGGGGACUUAGGAAAUGUCUUUUUUUCCUGUCUCCCAGCACUUCUCAGGGCUGAGCCCUCUCACCCCCAAGCUGUUAGCUGAGAUCAGCUUCAGCACCCCUCCAACCAUUCUAUCUCUUGCUGCUCUGUUCUUUGCCCAGGCUGAACAAGACAUUCUGUCUUUAAACAACUUAAAUGGCUGCUUCCUCUCCUUCCUGGCUGAGGGGUCCGGGACUUUCCUCUUAGGUCUGCCUCAGGGCUCCAGGUUCCCUGGAUUGCCUGUUACCCACCUGGGCAUUUCCCCUGGGUGUGGCAAGGCAGUGCUCAGAACUUCGACAUGUGGAGGAUCCCAGACGGGCAUGCCUGACACCUGCUGCACAUAGACAGGCAGGGAGGAGGCAUCCUGAAGUCCGGGGGGGAGUGGGGUGUUAUAUUAGCAUCUAUGGUGUCCAGAGAACACCCCCAGAAUCCUUUCCUGGGCUAAUGGGUGAGUGUGGGCAGUCCGGGAAAAGUCUGCUUCAGCCCUAUGUGCCCUGGAGCAGGGGACAGUACUGAGUGAUGCUGCAUGAGCAGGGCUCCUAAAGGUCCAGGGAUGAGAAUGGGAUGGUGGAAGGGCUGAGGCUUAGGAACUUCUGGGUAAGGAGUUCAGGAGUGGGCAGUAGGGAUGGUAUCUACAAUGAAGGGAGCUCUGGAGAUAAGUGGUUUGGAUCUUCUGGGAAGUGAGUGUCCAAAUCCUGGAGAAAGUUGAUCAAAAUGUGGCAGAAGUGCCUGGGGCACCCAGGCUCCUGGGUUUGAGGCCUGGACAUGGUUAACAGGUAUCUUAUCCAGCCUUAUACCAAGAUGGGUGGGCUGGAACCCCUGGUUCUACUCACUACCUCUUUCUGGGAGCAGAGAGGGUACCUCCCUUCUGUGGGCCAAAGGGUAAGGGCUCAGAGUUGGCCUGAGCCAUGUCUCACUGUGGGGCUAACCAUGGUGUUGCCUAUGCCCAGCCUCUGGAACUUAUUCCUUGGGCAGGCUGGGGCUAUUUUGGGGAUCAGGCUGGGGCUUUGGGGCUGGUUUUAGAUGUUCUAAUGUGAACAGGAGAAAAUGGGAACAGAUGGCUGGAUAGUUCCAUUCGGUGGGUCCUGCAGGGAGCAGGUUAUUUGUAGAGUCUUGUUAACCCUUUUGGGGGCUUGUGGAGCCAUCCUGAGGGGGAUAGCCCUCUCCAGUUGAGAAAAGAACACGUCUUCUCCUUGGACCCUUAAUUACCAGAACUGUGUGUCCCAGUCACUCUUCUUUCCCUCUCAGACCCCCCACUGUUUAGGUCCCUGGCAAGAAAGUAGGCUCCAGCUUUCUCCCAGCCCAAACCUUGCAGAGACUGCCAAGGGGUCAGGCAGGGAGAGGGGUGCCUGGUGUAGGGGAUACAGACACUGUUGAAGGGACCCCCCCCCCCUCCCUUUGCUUGCCUCCUGGGGAUUUGAGACACAGACCUGAAGCUAAGAGAGUAGACAACUGCUCUCCAUGUUCACACUCUGGGUCUGAGUGUUUGUCAGUAAGCCCAGGUAUGGCCAGGGGAGUGCUAGCCAAGGGAACUGGUCUCUGAGGAGUGUAGAGGAAAAGGCAAGCCUUUGUACUCCAUACCACAAGUAUGAUGCCCACGAGCCCUUGGAUACUUCAAGAACAAAUAUCUGGACAAUGCCCACCUUUACCAAAUGCCCACAUAUUUGGAUGCCACUGAAUGAGUAAACAAGGGGACAUCAUGGCCAGAGGUGGUUUGUUAAAGGGCUGAAUGUGUGUGUCAUAUGCAUUCUGUUAGAUAGUCUUACUAAUAGUAUUUACUUUAUGAAUUUAUCCUCAUUUUGCAGAAGAGGAAACUGGGGCUCAAAGGACCAAAGAGGUGGAAAAAGUGCUGUAGCUCAGAAGGGGUGGGAUGUGACAGGCACCCUGUCUGCCUGAUUGUUACCCCACCCCAGGAGGAGAGAAGCUCCAGGGAGCCCGCCAUUGUCCCCCCGUGGCCACUGCCCCCCUGCCCCAUCCAAGCCAAUGCACCCAGAAAAUAAGUUGACCAAUCAUGGCAAGACAGGGAAUGGUGGGGCCCAAUCCCAGCACCAGAAUGUGAAUCAAGGACCCACCUGCAACCUGGGCUCAAAGGGUGUGGGGGUGGGAAACCAUGGGGCCAAGGCCAACCAGAUUUCACCUGGCAACUCAAGUCUGAAGAAUACCCAGGCAGGGGUGCCCCCUUUCAGCUCUCUCAAGGGCAAAGUGAAGAGGGAGCGGAGUGUGUCUGUGGACUCUGGAGAGCAGCGAGAGACUGGGACUCCAUCCCUGGAUUCAGAGGCCAAAGGUGCCACCCAUGAUGGGGCCACACAGAGUGAUGGGGUUUCUGAAGUGGCACCCCGGAGCAAGCGGCGUUGUGUGCUGGAGCGGAAGCAGCCGUACAGCGGGGACGAAUGGUGCUCCGGACCAGACAGUGAGGAGGAUGACAAGCCCAUUGGGGCCACCCACAAUUGUAAUGUAGCAGACCCAGCCAUGGCGGCCCCACAGCUGGGUCCUGGCCAAGCUACCCAACUUCCCCUCAGUGAAAGCAGUGCACCAGGGCCUCCACAUGGGCCUCCCCCAGGCCUUCGGCCUGAUGCCCCCGGGGGUGGAGGUGUCCCUGGAAAGCCUCCCUCACAGUUCGUGUAUGUCUUCACCACUCACCUGGCCAACACGGCUGCGGAGGCAGUACUGCAGGGUCGGGCUGACUCCAUCCUUGCCUACCACCAGCAGAAUGUGCCCCGGGCCAAGCUUGACCAGGCCUCCAAAGUGCUGCCCACCCCAGAGCCGCUACCCUUGAGCACAUCAUCAGCAGGCACACCACAGUCCCAGGCACCUUCAUUGCCACCACCACCACCUCCAGCCCCUGGCAGUGCCCCCCCUGCUCUGCCUUCUGAGGGACCUCCUGAGGACACCAAUCAGGACCUGACACCCAACUCAGUGGGAGCUGCCAGCACGGGCGGUGGGACUGGGGGUACCCACCCUAAUACCCCUACAACUGCUACCAACAACAAUCCUCUGCCUCCUGGAGGAGACCCCAGCAGUGCCCCUGGCCCUGCCCUACUAGGGGAGGCUGCCCCCACAGGAAAUGGCCAGCGGAGCCUGGUGGGCUCAGAGGGCCUGUCCAAGGAGCAGCUGGAGCAUCGGGAACGUUCCCUCCAGACACUUCGAGACAUUGAGCGACUGUUGCUCCGCAGCGGGGAGACUGAGCCUUUCCUCAAGGGGCCCCCGGGAGGAGCAGGUGAGGGGGGACCACCAGCACAAGCCCCUCUUGCCCCCCAGCAGCCACCCACGGCCCCUCCCAGUGGGCUGAAGAAGUAUGAGGAGCCCUUGCAGUCCAUGAUUUCUCAGACACAGAGCCUAGGGGGCCCCCCGUUGGAGCAUGAAGUGCCUGGGCAUCCCCCGGGCGGGGAUAUGGGGCAGCAGAUGAACAUGAUGAUGCAGAGGCUGGGCCAGGACAGCCUGACACCAGAGCAGGUGGCCUGGCGCAAGCUGCAGGAAGAGUACUAUGAGGAGAAGCGGCGGAAGGAGGAGCAGAUUGGGCUGCAUGGGGGCCGGCCUCUGCAAGACAUGAUGGGCAUGGGGGCCAUGAUGGUGAGGGGGCCACCGCCUCCCUACCACAGCAAGCCUGGGGAUCAGUGGCCACCUGGAAUGGGCACACAGCUGCGGGGGCCCAUGGAUGUCCAAGAUCCCAUGCAGCUCCGGGGCGGACCUCCCUUCCCUGGCCCCCGUUUCCCAGGCAACCAGAUGCAACGGGUGCCUGGGUUUGGGGGUAUGCAGGGUAUGCCAAUGGAGGUGCCUGUGAAUGCUAUGCAGAGGCCUGUGAGGCCAGGUAUGGGCUGGACCGAAGACUUACCCCCAAUGGGGGCGCCCAGCAAUUUUACCCAGAACCCUGUGCCCUACCCAGGUGGGCAGAGUGAAGCAGAACGAUUCAUGACCCCUCGGGUUCGUGAGGAGCUGCUGCGGCACCAGCUGCUGGAGAAGCGGUCACUGGGCAUGCAGCGCCCUGUGGGCAUGGCCAGUGGUGGUGGCAUGGGGCAGGGAGUGGAGAUGGAACGGAUGAUGCAGGCGCACAGGCAGAUGGAUCCAGCCAUGUUCCCUGGGCAGAUGGCUGGUGGUGAGGGACUGGCAGGCACUCCCAUGGGCAUGGAGUUUGGCGGAGGCCGGGGCCUUCUGAGCCCUACCAUGGGCCAGUCUGGGCUGAGGGAGGUGGACCCACCCUUGGGGCCAGGCAACCUCAACAUGAACAUGAAUGUGAACAUGAACAUGAACAUGAACUUGAAUGUACAGAUGACCCCGCAGCAGCAGAUGCUAAUGUCACAGAAGAUGCGGGGUCCUGGGGACAUGAUGGGGCCACAGGGCCUCAGUCCUGAGGAUAUGGCCCGAGUGCGGGCUCAGAACAGCAGUGGCAUGGUAGGCGGCCCACAGAAGAUGCUGAUGCCCUCACAGUUUCCCAACCAGGGCCAGCAGGGGUUCUCUGGUGGCCAAGGACCCUACCAAGCCCUGGCACAGGACAUGGGCAAUACCCAAGAUAUAUUCAGCCCUGACCAGAACUCAAUGCCCAUGGGCAAUGUGGGGACAACCCGGCUUAGCCACAUGCCUCUGCCCCCUGUGUCCAAUCCUUCAGGGCCUGUGCAUUCAGCUCCGAAUCGGGGGCUGGGUAGACGGCCUUCGGACCUUACCAUCAGUAUUAAUCAGAUGGGCUCACCAGGCAUGGGGCACCUGAAGUCACCCACACUUAGCCAGGUGCACUCACCCCUGGUCACCUCGCCCACUGCCAACCUGAAGUCACCCCAGACUCCCUCACAGAUGGUGCCCUUGCCUUCCGCCAAUCCACCAGGACCUCUCAAGUCACCCCAGGUCCUCAGCUCCUCUCUCAGUGUCCGUUCGCCCACUGGCUCUCCCAGCAGGCUCAAGUCUCCUUCCAUGGCGGUGCCUUCUCCAGGCUGGGUUGCCUCACCCAAGACAGCCAUGCCCAGCCCUGGGGUCCCUCAGAACAAGCAGCCGCCUCUCAACAUGAACUCUUCCACCACCUUGGGCAACAUGGAACAGGGUGCCGUUCCGCCUAGCGGUCCCCGGAACAGCUCCUCAGCACCUCCCACCAACCCUCCCAGUGGCCUCAUGAACCCCAGCCUGCCAUUUACUUCCUCCCCAGAUCCCACACCUUCCCAGAACCCUCUGUCAUUGAUGAUGUCCCAGAUGUCCAAGUAUGCCAUGCCCAGCUCCACCCCGCUCUACCACAAUGCCAUCAAGACCAUCGCCACCUCAGAUGAUGAGCUGCUGCCUGAUCGGCCCCUGCUACCCCCACCGCCACCACCGCAGGGCUCCGGGCCAGGGAUCAGCAAUAACCAGUCCAACCAGAUGCACCUGAACUCAGCUGCUGCCCAAAGCCCCAUGGGCAUGAACCUGCCAGGCCAGCAGCCCCUGUCCCAUGAGCCCCCACCUACCAUGUUGCCCUCCCCCACCCCUCUGGGUUCCAACAUUCCACUGCACCCCAAUGCUCAGGGGACAGGGGGAGCACCUCAAAAUUCAAUGAUGAUGGCUCCAGGGGGCCCAGACUCCCUGAAUGCCCCCUGCGGCCCUAUGCCCAGCUCCUCCCAGAUGAUAUCCUUCCCACCUCGGCUGCAGCAGCCCCAUGGUGCCAUGGCUCCUGGCGGGGGUGGAGGUGGGGGGCCUGGCCUGCAGCAGCACUACCCUUCAGGCAUGCCCCUGCCCCCUGAAGACCUGCCCAACCAGCCACCUGGCCCCAUGCCCCCUCAGCAGCACUUGAUGGGCAAAGGCAUGGCUGGGCGCAUGGGUGAAGCAUACCCACCGGGUGUGCUCCCUGGGGUGGCAUCAGUGCUGAAUGACCCUGAGCUGAGCGAGGUGAUCCGGCCCACCCCAACGGGAAUCCCCGAAUUUGACUUGUCAAGGAUCAUCCCCUCUGAGAAGCCAAGCAGCACCCUCCAGUACUUCCCCAAGAGCGAGAACCAGCCCCCCAAGGCCCAGCCCCCCAACCUCCAUCUCAUGAACUUGCAGAACAUGAUGGCUGAGCAAACUCCCUCACGGGCCCCCAACCUCCCAGGCCAGCAGGGGGUCCAGCGGGGGCUCAACAUGUCGAUGUGCCACCCUGGACAGAUGUCCUUGCUGGGCAGGACAGGUGUGCCCCCACAGCAAGGCAUGGUGCCUCAUGGCCUGCACCAGGGGGUCAUGUCUCCUCCACAAGGCCUCAUGACCCAGCAGAAUUUCAUGCUGAUGAAGCAGCGGGGCAUGGGCACCGAGGUCUACAGCCAGCCCCCCCACAUGCUCUCUCCACAGGGCUCCCUCAUGGGCCCUCCGCCCCAGCAGAACCUCAUGGUGUCCCACCCCUUGCGGCAGCGCAGUGUGUCUCUGGACAGCCAGAUGGGCUACCUCCCUGCACCAGGCAGCAUGGCCAACUUGCCCUUCUAGCUCUCCAUUAUUGGGUCUGGAGCUGGGGCAAUAUUGCAAAUAUGAUAACCUGAAAAUAUUUUCUUCCCCUCCAGUGUUGGGAUGACCUGGGGUCAAGGGGUGGGUUGGAAGGGGUGGGAGGGGGCUUGUGUGGGAAAUGGCAUUUGUGGCAACCAGAUGUGCUGGCAGAUUAGUGGGAAUGGCAGAGUGGGGUGGGGGGCUUUGGGUAGGGGUUUGUUCCAUUUUGGCCAUCAGAAUGCCCCUCCCUUACUCCCAAGACCUAUGGAACCUCUUCCCUAUGUCUCUGCACUUGCCCUCAUUCAGCUGUGUAUGGAAUCCUUUGGGGAGAGAGGAAGGGGAAGUGAAAUCUCUGUUCUCUAUCCCUUUCCUUUCUGCCUCUGUCUCUUCAGUGCUCCAGCUUCACUUUUCUCAUGGUUUUUCUACUCCCACCUGGUUCUCCUGUCCUUUUCUUCCUGUUGAUGUAGCUGUCCUCCUCUUCCACCCUUCCCCGCAGGUGGCUGGCCAGGUGGGCAGGUGCCAGCUAUAGCUGUAAAUAGAGAGCUGCGCUUUUGUGCUGGUUUGUGUGUGUGCUGUAUUUCUGUGUUUUGAUAGAAGUCACACAAAAACGGGAUAAAAGAAACCCCCCUUUUUUCAAAUUAUUGCCUGUUCCAUUUUUCUGGACCCAGGGGCAUGCAGUCUUAAUACACCUAUGCACUGUUAGCAGCGUUUCUGGGUCCAUAAAAGAUAGAUACCCUUCUGGUUUCCUCCCCAAAUGGUGAAGUGACAUACACCAUCCUAAACGGCGGUCAGACCACCUAGGCUUUAACCUGGUGAGCCCCAGCAGGGCUGAGACCCCCAGGGAAGUGAUUGAUUCAGGAGAACGUGUGUGCAUGCAUUUGUGUUUGCCCCACACAGGUGACACAGGGCCCUGGCUUCCCAGUUGUGGAUGUCUGGUGUCUCCUGCUGCUACAUCUUAGCCAGAGCUUGAAGUCCUUGGUCCCCAAUCUGGGAUGAAGGAAAGGAGAAAGGAGGAGGCUGUGUGGCCCCCUUGAGUGGAGCCAUGGAGGAAAGGCCCGUGGCCUGGAUGGUCCUGUGCCUGCUGCAGUAGCCCUGGGCCAGGUAACCCUCAGGGUCCUGAUUCUUCCAGAGGCUGUCACCUACUUCUGUCGACAAAGGAAGAAGGAAAAGGGUUUAGCCCAGUCAGUCUCUCUCCCACCAACCUUCACCCACUGAGGAUGGAUUAGAGAAAGUUGGAAUAGGGGAGCAUCCCGUUGACUUUUGUCUGCCUGCCACCCACCCACUGGCAGAGCCCUCUGCGCAGGGGUCAGGGCUCUGCCCACCCAGGCACAGUCACUGCCUCCCUCUCAACCCCAGAAGAGCUCCCCACCCACCUCUGGUCAGAGCUGAAGCCAUAUAAGACUGGGUGUUUUGCCCCCCAACCCCACCCCACUGCCUUUGCCCCAGGAGUAAAACACUUCUCUUUUUCUUACUUCCUUUCCUGCCUUGUAAGGUGGCGUGGCAGUUCCCUCCCUGGCUGAGGCCUCCAGGGCCAGGGGUCAUUUUUAGAUAAGGUGUCUUCUGCCAGGGCCGCAUGUUCAGCCUUCCUGACUUGCAGGGCCCCGUCUCACAUUUGGCAGCUGUGAUACAAAGGGAAUUUGCACCCCCUUCUCCCAGUCUGGUGCUGUCCUCAGACCACUGUCAGCCAGGUCAAGCGCUUCCUCCCUGGCUGACUUCAGGCUUCAGCCUCCCCCAGCAUUUCCCAGGGCCUGGGAGCCAGGCCUCUGUAUCCAGGAGCCACCUGCCCUCCAUCCAGCCAGGUGCUUUGCCUGCCCUGUCUCAACCUAGGCCUGUGCCCCUGAGUCCCCCACUUCUGACCCCAAAUUCUCCAAACUGACUCCUAAGUGUUUCCUGCCCAGAUGAGAGGGGUCAGACUGCAAAGGGCCCAAUGCUCUCCUCAUUCUCUCCCACCUGCACCAUCAAGUAGCUUUUCAAGGUAAACUCCACAGGCCAGCCUACUUCCCUCCAUCCAUGGCCAUAACCCCAGCCAUUUUGUACCAUUAUAUAAAUAUAAAUAUAUAUAUAUACAUAUAUAUAAAUAUAAAUAUAUAAAUACAAUAUGUGAAGACAUCUUCUUGGUUUUUAUUUUGAAACAAUUUUUAGGCUUGUUCUGGGGGUCUCUGUGCUGCCUGUACUGUACUGACCUGUUUUAUAGGUGCCUUUUUAUUAAAAAGAGAAAAUUAAAAAUCUAA